AUGUCGAAUUCCGGACGUGCUAUAACUGAAUCAAUUACUCGCACUAGCGAGAGUACCCCAUCGCCAGCAUCUGCGAAGCCUGUCCAGGCUGUUCCUAGUCGUCAUAAGCGCUUUGGUAGUAUUAGAGUAGAAUAUCUGUCAAGUCUAUUGAGCGAAGCUGCUGUCGGCAAAUCUAGCUUGGUACUCAGAUUUGUUAAUAACGAAUUUAGCGAGAACAAGGAACCUACUAUCGGCGCCGCCUUUCUUACGCAGAAAUGCCGCCUUGAAGAUAAUAAAGUUAUUAAAUUUGAAAUCUGGGACACAGCUGGUCAAGAACGAUUCCAUUCGCUUGCUCCGAUGUAUUAUCGAAACGCUCAAGCAGCUGUCGUUGUUUAUGAUGUCACAAAGGCGGCUUCGCUCGACAAAGCCAAAUCUUGGGUGAAAGAACUUCAGCGCCAAGCCAAUCCCAACAUCGUGAUCGCUCUUGCUGGUAAUAAGAUAGACUUGGUCGAGCCCCAAGAAGAUUCCGAGGUACUCUCUAACAUUUUCCGAGAAGUGCCCACUGAAGAGGCAAAAGCUUAUGCUCUCGAGGCUGGAUUACUAUUUUUUGAGACGAGCGCUAAGAAGGGAGAGGGUGUGGUUAAUGUUUUUACGGAAAUUGCCAAGAAGAUCCCCGUUGAACACAUCAUGUCAGCUAAUCGAUCUGGUUCACGAAAUAUACUCAAUCAAUCAAGUAGUCGAAUAGAUUUCCAACCGGAUGGAUUGAAUGGACCUAUCGGUAGAAGAACUGAUGGAAGCGCAUGCAAUUGUUAA